GUGGGGCACGUUUUCACUGCGUAGACUUCAUCAAGGAUCGCGAUGGAUCCUCCUCAACUUUCACGACACAAAGAUGAUGCUGACCUCCAGGUGAUGAUGGCGGGGUCGACCUUCAGGAAGGUCAAGUCCCGUUCCUGGAAGAAACCGAGACACUUCCGGCUCCUGGAGGAUGGGCUGAACAUCUGGUACAAGUCCAGGUGGGCAGGGAGAGGCCACUCCACCUUCCUGGUGAGUGACGUGGAGGCGGUGCGGCAGGGCCACCAGUCAGAGGUCCUGCAGAGCAUUGCCGAUGAGUUCCCCCCCAACCUCUGCUUCACGCUGGAGUUCCGCGGUCGCCAGGGCAACCUGGACCUGGUGGCCGAGACCCCCGAGGAGGCAGGGGCCUGGGUCAGGGGCAUGCGCAAGCUGAUCCACAAGGCCGAGAACAUGGACGAGAAGGAGAGACUGGACCAGUGGGUGUGGGAUUGGUUCCUGAAGGCGGAUAAAAACAAAGAUGGAAGGAUGAACUUCAAGGAAGUGAGGAAACUGCUGAAGAUGAUGAAUGUGGACAUGAACGAAGACCACGCUUUUUACCUCUUUACCAUGGCUGACACGUCCAUGAGCUCGUCGCUGGAGAUCGACGAGUUUGUCAUGUUCUACAAGAUGCUGACCCAGCGCGACGAGGUGUGGAAGCUGUUCCAGGACUACUCCAGCGACGGGGAGAUGCUGAGCCGUGGCGAGCUGGAGAACAUCCUGCGGAUUGAGCAGCAGGAGGGGGACGGCUGCGUGGAGCACGCCCAGGAGCUCAUCGACCGCUACGAGCCCUCUGAGAUGGCCAGGAGCCAGGGCUCCAUGUCUCUGGACGGCUUCCAGCUGUAUCUGUGUUCCCAGGAGGGCUCCAUCUUCAACACCUCCCACAAGGACCUCUACCAGGACAUGAGCCAGCCGCUCAGCCACUACUUCCUCUCCUCCUCCCACAAUACCUACUUGCUGGAGGACCAGCUCAGGGGCCAGAGCAGCCUGGAGGCAUACAUACAGGCCCUGAAGCGGGGCUGUCGCUGUGUGGAGAUCGACUGCUGGGACGGGCCCGAUGAGGAGCCGGUGGUCUACCACGGCCACACCCUGACCUCCAAGAUCCUCUUCAGGGACGUCAUCGCAACCAUCAGCGAGUACGCCUUCAAGGCAUCCGACUUCCCGCUCAUCCUGUCCCUGGAGAACCACUGUGGAGUGGAGCAGCAGAGGGUCAUGGCCCAGCACCUGGAGCUGAUCCUGGGGAGCAUGCUGCUCAGAGCACCCCUCGGUGGAGAGGCUCCCCAGCAGCUGCCUUCUCCCCAGGAUCUGAAGGGUAAAAUCCUGCUGAAAGCCAAGAAGAUUGGCUGUGAAACUCUGACCGAUGAAGUUAGUGAUGAGGACGAGACGGUGAACCCUGACCCUGACAGCCCAUCUACGGAUCAGGGGUCUGCAGAAUGCCCCCCCGACCCCAGCAAGAAGAAAGCAAAACUGAAGAUGUCCAGAGAGCUGUCUGACCUGGUGGUCUACUGUAAGAGUGUCCACUUCCGCGGUUUCCAGCACGCAGAGUCGCAUUACAAAUGUGACGAGAUGUCGUCGCUGUCCGAAUCCAAAGCCAGGAAGCUGGCAAAGGAAGCAGGUGCAGAUUUCGUCCAACACAACAUAAGGCAAUUGAGCCGUAUCUAUCCCAGUGGGCUCAGGACGGUGUCUUCAAACUACAACCCCCAGGAGCUCUGGAAUGUCGGCUGCCAGAUAGUGGCGCUGAACUUCCAGACGGCGGGGCUGGAGAUGGACCUCAACGACGGGCUGUUCCACCAGAACGCCGGCUGUGGCUAUGUCCUGAAGCCUGGCUUCAUGAGGGACAGCGAGCUGCCGUUCGACCCCGAGACGCCGCAGGAGCACAGCGGCUACGCUCCACUACGCCUCUCCAUACAGAUCCUCAGUGGGCAGCAGCUCCCCAAGGUGAACCAGAAGGAGGGCUCGAUCAUCGAUCCGCUGGUCAGGGUGGAGGUCUACGGGGUCCCCCAGGACCUGGCUAAGGAGGAGACCAGCCACAUCCAGAACAACGGUUUUAACCCGGUUUGGAACGAGACUCUUAACUUCAUCGUCCACAACCCGGGGCUGGCCUUGGUUCGGUUUGUGGUGGAGGACCACGACAAGGCAUCCAGGAAUGACUUCGUAGGCCAGUUCACCCUUCCCUUCACAAGCAUCCGACCAGGUUAUCGACAUAUUCACCUCCUGUCUAAAGAUGGGACCUCCAUACCUCCCGCCUCUCUGUUUGUCAACGUCAGCACCUCAGAGCUAACAUCAGGACCCGACUGAGGACACCUGCACCAUGAAGCAAAAGGUUCCGAAGGAAUAGCAUGAAAGACACCAUGCUAAUGCAGCACGUUAAAAUAUCUUGAAAGAUAGCCUUGAGGAAACAAUGGCAUCGUUCCAUUUCUGAAAUGUCAUUCCAAAGCAAAGCGUACUAGCCAAGUACAAUGGGCCAAACACCGAAGACAGUAUUAACAUUUCCCCCCCAAAAAUACCCUUUUUGUGUAUUAUAUCUGGAAGGACCAGAUCUACUAUGAGCGUAUUGUAACACAGAAAACCACCAAAUCCAAACAAAGUAUGUUAGCAGAAGACUGGCUUGACCCCGUCGGCGGGAUUCAGCGUUAGUGGGAUGGACUAGUGGAUUAGUAUUAAAAGAGUAUUAUUGCAUGGACAGGAUGGCUGCAAUGCGAUGGAUUUUAAAAUGAAAUCUUCUAUGAUGAAAUCAGAUCCACUAAUGAGCAUGUCCAGUAUGGCUUUUUAAAAUAAUUUAAACAUAUCUUACAAAGUUAAAUACCAUUCUGUGUGGUAAAAAUAAGUGACAUAUUGUUAUAUGUAUAAAAACACCAUAUUAAAUGGUUUAGAGCUACAAAACGAAUACAUACAUAAUGCCAACUAGCGGUAACCGUAUUGACGACUUAAGGACUGUUUUGAGCUUUUUAAUUGAGAAUUAGGAUAUAUAGGGUCAUACCAUAUGUCAUGUAUACUGUAAAUAGAUAUAGGUGUUUAUAUGCUUGUUAUGGAUUAAACUUAUCUGAUUCUA